UGAUCGGUAGUUGUAGUAACCUUACCGGUGACUAGCUUCUGUAACCGAGCUAGUUAGCAUAGCAAGAGUUUUGUAACUGCGUGACGUUUCCAGCUGUUGUAAAAGAAGGCCAAGGAAAGCAUGCUUUUUUGUCGGUCUUACUUAAACAAUUGGUCCAGUACACGUUCUCGGUGUUGUGUCAUUAUCCCAAUACUAAUCGAGAUUUGCUUGCUAAUAUCAAAAGGGCUAGCAGUGGUGGAAGUGGGAUCAAAAAUGUUCGUGGUUUUAUGGAUCCCUAGAUAGCUUGAGUGAACCCAGACGAAAUUGAUGGGAAAUUAAAUUUGCUCUCAGGUUUGUCGGGGUUCACCCGGACGAAAGGUUUCGUUUCAUUUCGGUUAAAUGAUGAUUGUUAGGGUGGGGUGUGCCUCGCUUAACGCUUACGGAGGUUCAUCAAAGAAUUACAUUUUACUGUCAUGUUCGAUGAAAAGGAUGUGGCUGCCGUUGGCCAAGUACUGGUCAACUCAAAGCAAGACCUGGCCACAAGAUUUCGGGCACUUUUCACAUUGCGCAAUCUGGGUGGACCAGAGGCCAUCAAAUGGAUAAGUAAGGCCUUCGAGGAUGAAUCUGCUUUGCUGAAACAUGAACUAGCUUACUGUUUGGGUCAAAUGCAAGAUGAACAAGCCAUUCCUGUACUGGAGGUUGUUUUGAAAGACACCAGCCAAGAGCCCAUGGUCAGACACGAAGCAGGCGAGGCUUUGGGAGCUAUUGGAAAUCCAAAAGUGUUGGAUUUACUCAAGCAAUACUCAGAAGAUCCUGUUAUAGAGGUGGCAGAGACGUGUCAGCUGGCUGUGAGGCGACUGGAGUGGCUGAUGAGUGGCGGGACUGAAGAGGGGGCUGAUGGGAACCCGUACAGCUCAGUGGACCCGGCACCACCGGCCCCCAAGAAGAGUGUGCCCGAGCUCAGGACGCUGCUCUUGGACGAGAGCCUGCCACUGUUUGAGCGCUACAGGGCUAUGUUUGCACUGCGCAACCUGGGCACUGAAGAGGCUGUGCUAGCUCUUGGCGAUGGUCUCCAGUGCAGUAGUGCCUUGUUCCGCCACGAGAUCGGCUACGUCCUGGGUCAGAUCCAGCACGAGGCCAGUAUUCCCCAGCUGCGGGCGGCACUGGAGAAGGAGGAUGAGAGUGCCAUGGUGCGGCACGAGUGCGCUGAGGCGCUGGGCUCCAUCGGCAAGGACGCCUGCCUGGAGAUCCUCCAGCGCUACCGCAAGGACGAGGAGCGCGUGGUCAAGGAGAGCUGCGAAGUGGCGCUGGACAUGCUUGAGUACGAGAACUCCACACAGUUCCAGUAUGCCGAUGGACUCUUGCGGUUGCAGGGCGUCUCAUGAGGGAUGACGUAUUGUUGAAGACUUCUCUCUAAGAAAGAAAGACACCCCAUCAGCAGUAUCCAACUAUAAACAUUACUAUUUUAUUACUCACUGGUUCAAAAUGUGCUCACGGAAAAAACGUAUAACGAGAGUUGUUUAUUAUUUUAUUCGCAGACUGUAAUCCAUUAUGUUGUGGGAUUGUGAAAGUUUAUUAUUUUUAUGGGAAAAUAUGAUGUAGGUGUCACACAAGCCAAAUACAUUUCCCAAAAUCCUUCCUAAAAUCACAAUAAUCUGUUCUAAAGUCUCCUGAGAAGAUUUAAUGCAGCCAUUUGAGGGCAUAAACUGAAACAUAACAUUUCUGUUCUGAGCAUAUUUUUUAUCAACAUUAAAUAAUGUUGUGUGACAA